CGCGCGGUUCAGUUUCACACGAACCACGACCGCGUACUGACCUCCCGCCGAGGCGCUGUGAACUCUUUAGCCAAUAUUAACUUUUUAAUUUCAAACCUGUGCGCAAGAUGUUUUUGAAUUGUAUAUUUUUAAUUUUGACAUACACGUGUUGUGUUGCGACCGCGGCGAAUGAUUUGCCGGAUAACUUCCAGCGAUGCCGACAAAAGGACACGAAAUUGAACGACUGUCUCAAGUCGGCUGUUCCCGAUGCCCUUAGGAAGAUGAAGGAAGGUAUCCCAUCCCUGGCGGUGCCUUCCAUGGAGCCACUCAAGGUUUCCGCUAUAAACAUCGAGUCCGGCGCUGGGCCGGUGGUCAUCACGCAAAACUACAGAAAUAUCAAACUUUAUGGACUCACGGACACCAUACUAACGACCUACAAGGCCGAUCUCAAACAUCACCGUCUCCGCACCGACUCACUUACACCAAAGAUGGAGUUCAUAGCGGACUACGUGAUGAAGGGCAGGAUCCUGGUGCUACCUAUCCAGGGGAAAGGGAUUGCUAAUAUUACUAUGCUGAAUUUGGUAGUAAAACACGACUUAAUAGGCGAGCCGGUGACCCGCGACGGGGUCACAUACAUGCACAUGCGAGACUACAGGGUCAAGUUUAUACCGCAACGAGUUCUGCUGCACUUCUCCAACUUGUUCAAUGGGGACAAGCGGCUCGGAGACCAAAUGAACGCCUUCCUCAACGAAAACUCGGAGCUAGUCUUCAAUGAAUUAAAGGAAUCGUACGAGAAGAGCCUAAGCUCUGUAUUCCAGGACGUCACAAAUAAAAUAUUCGACAAAGUUCCCAUGAACAAGAUUUUCCUUGAAGAUUAAUUUGUGAUUAUUAUUGUUAAAUACCAAACUGCAUUACCAAGGGCAUCGCUACGCGGUUAUCAGUAACAAUACAAUACAAUGCAGUUAACAUUAAGACGUACCAAAAGUAACUUGUUUUACUGCCAUUAUUUCCGUAUUAGACAUUUUUCGUCUUACGUCUUGUUUAGUCGUAUUUCUUUAUACCAUAAAAAGCGAAAAAUGAACUCAAACUCUACAUCGAUUUAGUGUUAAAUAUGAAAUUACCUGAUGUUGUUAUUUUUAAUAACUAGUGAUAUAAUGGAUAGCGAGUGAUGACGAUGAUAUUCACGGAAAUGGAUAUUCGGGGAACGUACUUUUCAGGAAUGUAGUUUGAGGAAUUGAAAUAUAAUGGAUCAUAUACCUAGAUGUAGAAUUUUUUGUACAUGUAAUUGAUAAAAUAGAGGUAACUUACAACCCUAAUCGUCAGUAAAAUGUAUGAAUAUUUUAUAAUGAAGGGAUCAAAAAUAGUUACAGUACUUAGAGAUAUUAUUUUCUUAGAUUUACUUAUUUCAUUAAAAUCUUUAUUUUAUUUUUAUGUAUUGUCAGUAUUAUAAUCUACGAAGAAUACUUAAUUUUUUGUAAUAAAAUAAUAUUACAAAAUAAUCCCAUUUGUUACUUUUGAAAUAACAUUAUGUAGAUACUGAAAACAUAUAUGUUUAAAACAGUAAAAAAUUAACCAUUUUGAUUGAACCUUUUCAAAAUGCUCUUUGUUAUAUAUUUCCCGAAAUGUCUAUUUCCCUAAAUCUCUUCUCUAAAAUGUACUUCUAAUAUGUACACUGUGAUGUUUGUAGUGAAAUCUAGCGAUUAGAACUUGGUCGUGGUGUUAUAAAAAAAAACAAUAGGUUAAUAUAAUUUAUAAGUAACAAAGUACCUAUGUAUAAGUAGUAUUAAUUUAUUAAGGCUGCUUUAAUUAGUAUUAAAUAUUUUGUACAAUAAAUUUGAACAAUAAAUACUAUAACAAUAAA